AUGCUGUACGAGGUACCCAGCUCAACAAUAGAAGCCUUAGAGAGAAUCACCAGCCGACAUCUUCGCAAGUGGCUUGGAAUUCCACCCAGUUUCUCCAGUGUUGGACUGUAUGGGAAAACCAACAAACUGCAACUCCCACUAUCUUCACUGGUAGAAGAAUUCAAGACGGCGAAGACAAGACUGGUGCUUACCCUAAGAGACUCCCCAGAUGAGCAGAUCCGGGAAGCAGGGAUCGUUACCCGUACUGGAAGAAAGUGGUCAGCGACAGAGACUGUCAGCCAGGCGGAGAGCUCUCUCAUGCACAAGGACAUCGUCGGUGUAACGGCUGUCGGACGACAAGGUAUUGGUGCAACCAAAACACUCCUAUGGAGCCAAGCCAACCAGACUGAGAGGCGAGCCCUGAUACAGUCAGAAGUACGGAAGGAAGAGGAGAACAAGAGACAGGCCAGAGCGGUAGAGAUGGGUGCGCAGGGUGCAUGGACAACGUGGGAAACCAUGGAAAGGAAGCUGACCUGGGAAGACAUCUGGAAGUAUGAACCACUUCGUCUAUCCUUCCUCCUCAGGUCAGUUCAUGACCUCCUGCCAUCUCCAGCUAACCUCUGCCGAUGGGGACUAAUCACAGACCCAACAUGCAGUCUGUGCAAGAAACCAGGCACUCUGGAACAUGUUUUAUCUUCCUGCUCCACAGCACUGACGCAGGGCAGAUAUCGCUGGCGACACGACAACGUCCUCAGAGAGGUUGCCGAUUGGCUGGAAGGGGAGAAGAACAAGCCACGCAGAAGUAACUCACAGGCAGGCCACAUCAACUUUGUGAGACCGGGUGAAACUGCGAAGACAGAAGCUUCACAGAAGAAAUCGAUCCUUGACGGCGCCACAGGAUGGAAUAUGUCAGUCGAUCUAGGAAAGAAGCUUGUGUUCCCGGGUAUCGUCCAGACCAACUUGAGACCAGACAUUGUACUGUGGUCCGAGACAGGGAAGAAGCUCGUUGUCAUUGAGUUGACAGUACCUUGGGAGACGAGAUGUGAAGAGGCCUAUGAGAGGAAGAAGGCCAAGUACACUGAACUACUUGAGCAGUGCCGACACCGAGGUUGGCGGACUUGGCUAUUCCCCAUCGAAGUAGGCGCUAGAGGGUUCUGUGCACAAUCUGUAUGUAGAUUGAUGACAGCUGUUGGCACCACUGGCAGAGACAGGCGACGGGCAAUCCAGAAGCUGAGCCAGGCUGCUGAGCGGGCGUCUAGCUGGCUGUGGCUACGACGCGAGGAGUCAAGCUGGAUGCGAUCAACCUCCACACCGUAA